AUGUCUACGUCGACACCACCCCUGCCAACUGUUCAGGAUGUGUUCGCCAAGGGUUACGGAGAUCUGAUUGAACUGUGUGACGAUCUUGAUCUGUCUGGACAAUUCAACUCGUGGUUUCAGUGUCUCGAAGCUCUAUUGGAUCAUUACCGCAGCAAGGGUUGGAUCGAACACGAAGAACCACUUUUCGUGUCAACUGUCGAAACACUGUACGAACGAUUUGCUAAAAAGAGGCAAACACUCCGCGAUCUUGUCGAUCGUGUCCGGAAGUUUGCUACUAAAGAGGAGUAUAAAUUUAUUCUUGAAAAAUUUCUGCCUGCUGAGUCAAUAUCAGGUGAAGAUUGGAAGUUGAAAGACUGUGAGGAAGGUCUUCCGUCCAUACUAGUAGCUGGAUCGACAUCGUCAGGCAAGACCACUUUGGUAAACGCAUUACUUGGUGCAGAGAUCCUACCUAUCCACCACAACGCUUCAACUGCAGUUCUGUGUGAAAUCAAGCAUUCAACCGAUGGCACAAAGUUUGCCAUAGCACAUUUCGAAACGAAAGAAGCUGAAAGGUUGGAUUUGUGCAGUGAUGAAGGCCUACAUCUUUUAAAGGAGUACGCUCAACAAGGUCGCGGUGUGCCCUCGCAAGACCAAGAUGAAGACAUAUGUUCUAAAAUAGAAAUCUUUUGGCCUCAAAGCUUCUUACAACAUAUGACUCUUGUGGACAGUCCGGGAACUACAGAUGAUGCUCGCUUUAGUGACAUCACCAAACGGUACCAGACAGGAGUUGCUAGCGGUUUCAUAUAUGUUGUCAAUUCUACACUAGCUGCCGAAGAAGCUGCAAAGGUAAGUGUAUCGCCGUGGAGUACGCAUUAGUUCAUCAGUAGAUAUGAGUAUAC